AUGCCCCAGCCAGUUUUCCGUUGCAACCAAGCACAAACCACCCUACUGGUCGAUAUUCCUGCGUCUAUCGAGCAAGGUCAGCAAACCUCGCACCGCAUCAAGAGCACGUCGGCUAUUAAAAACCCGUAUCCCAGCACAGAGCCCAAGGGUCCAAAAAGGGAUGUUCUUUUGGCGGCUAUUGCGCCCGAGGAGAGGAUCUACCAUGAGACCCUCCAAAGAGAGAUCUCCACGGCUCUGGCAGAGAUCAAGGACUGUCUGACCGGCGACGCCGGUCUUUCGUAUUGGUGCCAUGGCCGCCAGGGUAACUUCUCAGAAGAGGUGCUUCCAACUCUUUCACUAGCCGCGGGCAGGUCCGUGCAAGCGAGCACCGAUCGGACACCAAUAGCACCUGUCAUACUGUCGAGUACGGAGUCCCGAAAUCGGGUUUCUUCCAUCGACUGUCUGAGGGAUGUUGCGAUAUGCAAUCCCACCCGACGGAGGAUGGUCGUCCUAGAAGCUGGAGAUGUGGGCGAGUUUUUCAUUCCUGCUGGUGCGUCUUUCAUAAUGUCCACGCUUGAGCGAGGACUGCCCGCCUUCGAGUCUGCUCGCCAUGCCCUCUUUCCUGAUGCUAGGCCAUUCAAUCUGAUGUUAUUGGACCCGCCAUGGUCGAACCGAUCGGCUCGACGGUCCGGCGUAUACCGCACCUCAGAUGAGCAGGCGCAAGAUCCCUUCACGCAAGCGGUGCGCGUUGUCCGUGACUAUCUAGCCCCACAAGGACUAGUAGCGGUUUGGAUCACCAACAAGGCCUCUGUUCGCAAGGACGUGAUUGAGGCUCUUCGACCGUUAAACCUUGGACUUCGUGAAGAGUGGGUGUGGAUCAAAACGACUGCGCAUGGCGAACCCGUCUCGGCUCUGAAUGGGGUCUGGCGUCGCCCGUAUGAGAUUCUACUAUUGUUCCGCGAAGAUCAGCACAGUCAGCAGCGGCCGCAUCGACGCGUGAUUGCCGCCGUACCUGAUGUGCAUUCCCGUAAGCCAUGUCUGAAGGGUCUGCUGGAGGAUUGUCAGGUUCUUCCCCCGCAGUACAACGCCCUAGAAUUAUUUGCACGCAGCCUUACCGCAGGAUGGUGGUCGUGGGGAGAUGAAGUGUUGAAGUUCCAGCAUGAGAGCCAGUGGGUGAGACAGGCGGAACAGGCAUCGAUGGCAGCCGAUGGACGGUGA